AUGUAUCCAGUAGCUGGCGAUAUUUCAGAUAACGAUGCCGUUGUUACUAAUGAUCCAGCCAUUUCAUCAUCAUCAUCAUCGUUGACAUCAUCGUCUGAUGCUGAAUUAUAUGAUGAAGCUGAUUCAAAUUUAUUUUUAUUCCAAAUGUUUUAUUUGGAAAAACUCAUAUUGUCACUUAUUGUGUAUAAUCGAAGAUCAUUCGUCGAUGGUAAUUCAUUAGUUUAUGAUAUAGUUAGUCCAAUGUUAUAUCUGGAUACAUUUAUCUCUAAUACCAUUACUGAUGGUGUUACAAUACUUGAAGAACUUAUUCCGCCACCUAAUGGUCUAAAUGAUCUUGCAAUUGUAAUUACUGGCGCACUUAAAAAUCAAGCAAAAGUUGCAAUGAAAAUCUUAGAACAAUAUGCUGAGGACAACUUACUUCCAGUGAACAUCGGCAAAACAAAAGCAAUGCUGGUGCAUAGUGUAGUUGCUCCUUUGUAUCCUAAAAUAGAAUAUAAAGGAAAUAAAAUAGAUUUUGUAAAGCGUUUCAAAUAUUUAGGAGUCGAAAUAUCAACAUAA